AAAUACUGACAGCGUGUUUCCAUCUUCAGGAGCAACUGGGAGACUUUUCUAGUGAACAGCUGGGAAGAUGCCUGGUCUCUGGUGUGUUUAACCCUGCAAUAGGAAGAUGUACUUGGGUAAUGGGAAAUAACAAUAUUUGCUUGAUGGUGCUGGUGUGUUGCAUGGAGAGAGAGACUGGGCAACAGGAGGAGAUAAUGGGGCUAUUGUGGCAGCUUGUAAUUGUAGGUUUCAGCCAAGUGUGACCCAGUUAUCUCUCUGUUCGCUACGUGCACAUUAUCAUUCAUUCCACUCAUAGCUUCAGUAUUACAAAGGAGCAGGUGGAAGUCAUCUGGUUUUAUUUUUUAGAAAGAAGGAGAGAAACAGCUGGAUGUGUGACUGGACACUUCAGUGUGUGUCUGCCUCUGGGACUUGUGCGUGUAGUGAAGUACUUUGGUGGAAUUACAGACUGAUGAAGAGCUUCCUCAACGGGAGUGUGAGCUGCACAAGUGCCUGAGACCUUCACGUGUCAGAGACUUCUCACACUUCAGCCGACAUGGAGCGUGUGAGCAGGAAUAAAGUGGAGCACGGGCGCCAGAUGCACCAGAUUUUACAGAGCACUCCUUUGGACCUGAUUGAGACAGGCAAGUCCCUGAAAGUCCAGGCAGAGCGCCCCCACCUGGUCAGUUUGGGAAGUGGACGACUGAGCACAGCUAUAACUUUGCUGCCGCUGCUGGAAGGGAGAACCACGCUGGGCAGCGAGGGCACCGACAUCCCCCUGCAGGGCCCCGGCAUCGCCGCGCGCCACUGCUAUGUGGAAAACCACGCCGGCAGCAUCACCUUGUACCCGUGUGGGAACCGGUGCUCCGUGGACGGGCUUCCCGUCACCAAACCCUUUCGCCUGACCCAAGGGUGCAUGCUGUGUUUUGGUCAGUCCACCUUCUUCCGCUUCAACCACCCGGCAGAGGCCCUGAGGAUGAAGAGCAUGCUGCCGGCAGGAGGCCGCGGACCCGGCGCCCCGACGAGCCCUCCUCCAGACCCCCACAGUUUUCUGAAUGGGAAUCAUCAGUCGCCCUCCAACGGAGACUCGAAGAUCACCAGCACAACAGAGGACCCUUCAUCAUCAUCAUCAUUGUUGUUAUCAUCAGCUGGUAAAAGGCCCGUUCCUCAGCCCUCGCUCCAAAAAUUGCUCAACGGGAAAAACGGUGCUACUACAGAGAACAGCAGCAGCAGCAGCAAAACCCCUCCAGUACCUGCCCGGUCCAGUCACCCCAACCACAGUCCUGCCCCCCCUGCAUACAGCGGCGCUGGGGGUCAGAGAACCCAGGAGAGCCCCAAGCUUCUCAGGAACACAAGGGCGGAGAACAGUGGGGCUCACAAACCGUCCUCGGCCAAGUUUUCCUCCUUACAGAAGCGAUCCCCCAGCCCCAUGCGAGAGCCAGGACGAGUGAGUGCCCCUCAGAGACACAGGAGUCCAGGACCAACUGCUGCCCCCGGUCUGAGAGAGCCUCCCCCCCACAGCCCCCACAUGCCCCGCAGGGGGACUCCAGGAGCUUUCCCCAUUGCCUCACAAGGCUUCACUGUUAAAUCUACCCCCGAGAGCCCCCAGGGCCGCCGCAGACUCCCGACGAAAGCCGAAGCUGCCAGAGCUCUGCGCGCUCAGAGCCCAUCGCCGCUCCCAGGGCUGGAGAAAGAACCUGCGAGCCCGGCGAGGCCCGGUCCAGGAAGUGGCAUCACGCCGGCUCCGGAUUUGUCUCCCUUCGCGAGUCCUCGCAGCCACAGGAAAGCCAGUAAGGAGCAGAGCGCCAUGAAACCGCACACCCGGGAACGCAAGAACAGCAUCUCUGAGAUCAGCGACAAUGAGGAUGAGCUGCUGGAGUAUCACCGCUGGCAGCGGGAGGAACGGCUGCGGGAGCAGGAAAUGGAAAAACUGGAGCGACAGAGGCUGGAGACCAUCUUGAAUCUGUGUGCGGAGUACAAUCAUGAAGAUAGUGCUGUGGAGCUGGCGGAGGUAGUGGGGAGUGGUCUGCCGGGGACGACCAGAGGAAGCAGCUCGGCCACAGGGGAGAAGGUUUCCCCUCAGGGAGUGGAGAGAGCUCAGAGGGCGAGGGACCACGAGGAGGACACACAGAGAGAGGAGUCCAGCAGCACCGAGAGCACGCAUCAAGAGUUUGAAGAGCUGUUAGCUGGUCAUGACGGUGUUUACCUGGAGGAGGAGAGGAACAGGAUCAUGUACAGGGUCGAUGACCUGAAGGACAGAGUUGGUGAACUGGAGCAGCAGCUACAAGAGACCAAACAGGAGGUGGAAAUGGAGCAGGCCCUGCUGCAGGCGGAGAGCCGAGCGGAGCAGGAGCAGGUGGAGGCUGAAAAUGAAAUCAUCUCUCAGCUGCAGCUCAGGCUCAGCCAGCUGGACAGAGCCACCCAGAAAGCCAAGGACAAGGGCAGGGCUAAUGUGUCGGCUGAGCGGAAGGUCCUGGAAAAGCAGAGGAAUGAGUACAAUGAGCUGAAGAGGCAGUUUGAUAAAUGCCCCUUGUCUCUAAGGGAACAGUUACAGGAGCAGCUCAGCAGGAAAGCUGAAGCUCUGGAGUCUGGGACCAAGCAGUUCGAGGAGCUGGAGUUCUGCCAGCUGGAGGAGGAGAGCAGUCUAGACGAGAAUAGGGAGACACAGAGCUCGCACAUUCUCCAAAAACAAGCCGAGUACCGCUGCAGCGUGGCCAGGAGGAAGGAGAGGAUGGCUGCUCUGGACGCGCAGGUGAAGCAGCUGGGCUCCCAGGCGGCUCAGGACUGUGAGAAGGCGGCCAAAGACAAGAUGGCGGCUCUGCAGAUGUUGCACCAGGAGCAGGACAGGUUGUCCGCCCUGGAGAAACGGCACCUGGCGCUGACAGGCGGGAGGGGCUUCCCGAAGCCCAACGGCGGCGUGACAGAGGUGAGCGGCGGCGAGGCGCGAGGCACGAUGCGCGAGCGCUCGACGCCCCGCGGAAGUGACAUGGAUGGCAUUUUUAAACAGGAAGUGCUUCACAUCAGCGAAGCCGACCUCGUCUGUGCGGACGGUCAUCCUCAUAGCUCCUGUCCCUCCUCUGCCUCCUUCUCUUCCUCUCACCCCACCUCCACUAAACCCCACCCUGUUAGGCCGCAGGAGGAGUACCUCAGACUGGCUGAUGUCUAUAGGAUGUAUGGAGGCGCUUCCGUGCGGCCUCGCUCCUCCACCCCCGCCGCUCUCCACUGUCUCUCCCUCGCUGUAGCUCCGGUUCUGCCAUGUGAGGACUACAUCACCGUCACGCAGCUCAGUCAGAUCUUUGGGCUGCAGAGAGUCGACCCCUCCUCUUCCUCCGUCUCACCAUUCCAACUUGCCUCCGCUGAAUCCUUCUCGCGCCACUCAACUAGCCAACCUGAGCUGAGCAGGAAUGCAAUGCCGCCUAUUAACCUCGAACGCUGGUACCAAGACAUCAUGGCUGCUGGAGAGCCUGAGUCAUGUCCUCCACCGCUGCCUGCAAAGUCUUUUUCCACACGUAGACACGGGCAGCUGCUAAAGUCCAAGUCAGAUGACGACUUUGGACGGGCAGCGUCCGUCACUCAGCUCAGCAGUGCCGCAGCCCUUCCACCCUCCGGCGGUGUUACCCAUGAGAAAGAUUCAUCCACCAAGGGGUUCCAGUUAAUGCUGAGAGACCUGUCACACCCACUCGACAUGGAGCCCAGGAGGCAGUUGGCUCUGCAGAGUAAAGAUGUGUCUCCUACAGUCCAUCACUCCAUCCUCCAUCAUCAGCCGCCACCAAGCGGGAGCCAGGCGUAUGACACGCUGAGCCUGGAGAGCUCCGACAGCAUGGAGACCAGCGUCUCCACCGGCAACUCUGCAUGUACCCCAGAAAGUGCCGGUGGACUGGAGGCCCAGAGAAUAGAAGAGAUGGAGAAGAUGUUGAAGGAGGCGCAGCAGGAGAAAGCCAGGCUUAUUGAGAACAGAGAGAGGGAGGUGCACACUCGGCGGCAGAUGUUGGAGGAGGAGCGGAGGAGGCGAGAAGAGGCCGAGAGGAGGCUUCAGGACGAGACGGCCCACAGGCAGAGGCUGGUGGAGGAGGAGGUGAAGAUGAGAGAGAAACACUUCUCCCAGGCCCGUCCCAUGACCCGCUACCUGCCCAACCGCAAGGAGGAGUUCGACCUGCGCGCCCAUGUGGAGUCGUCCGGCCACAGCGUCGACACCUGCCCCUUCGUCAUCCUCACCGAGAAGAUGUGCAAGGGCCACCUGGUGAAGAUGGGCGGCAAGAUCAAGUCCUGGAAGAAGCGCUGGUUCGUUUUUGACCGCCUCAAGAGGAACUUCUGUUACUACGCCGACAAGCAUGAGACCAAGCUGAAAGGGCUCAUUUACUUUCAGGCGAUUGAAGAGGUUUAUUAUGAUCAUCUGCGCAGUGCCACCAAGAGUCCCAACCCGUCUCUGACCUUCUGUGUGAAAACCCACGACCGCCUAUACUACAUGGUGGCUCCGUCCCCAGAGGCCAUGAGGAUCUGGAUGGAUGUCAUAGUAACAGGUGCCGAGGGCUACACGCAGUUUAUGAGCUGAGGGACCCACGGUGGGGAACAGAUGUGGAGCUCCACAGGAACCGGGCGAGCCCCCCCCACACACACCUGCGAGUGGACCCGGGCUGCUCUCUGCCCGAGCCGGAGCCAAUGUCGACGACACGCGACCUCACGGCGUGAAACAUGUGGACGUCUGAGGAGAGGAACAAACUGGUGCUCACAUUAAAAGUCAGACGCUGUUGAGAAGUGUGACAGGAAUGAAUUCAUGAUUAGGAGCUAUGAGUUGUAUUUAUCAUUCAGCCUGUGUGGAAGGAAAGACUAUUUGAACAACCUGCCAGUGGAUGUAUGAGGGAAGAUGGACAAAGCAGCAUCACAGCUACCAAAAUGUAUUAUUAAUAAUUAAAAUAUCACUUUGAAGAUUUUCUACUUCAUAUAAGCUCAAACAGUUUACACCUCUGAAGCCGGUCUGUGUUACCACUGACUUUGAUACAUUUGUACUUUUUUCUUUUUGGUUUCUUAACUUUUCUCAGAUGAAAAACAUCUCCUCAUUUCAAAGUAUAAUUAAAAGUAAGUAAACACAUUUUAAAGACAAAUAUAUAUUAAACAUCUAAACAAAAUAAAACUUGCUUAUUGAAUUAAUGUGACUUGGAGCCAAAUGCAAUGAUUUGUCAGCUUUUUACAAUAUAAAUCUAAGUAUUAUUGUUUCUGUAGUUUACAAAUAUUUUAAAGUAAACAUAUUUUAAACUAAACAUAACUAAAUUUUUAUCCCUAUUAUAAUAUUGUAAAACUACCAUGUACACGUCAUAAAUAAAACUAUGAGGAAUCAG